AUGGUCGAGAACAUGAAGGCGGUGGCGGUGCGACCGGAGGAGCUCUCCAUGGAGGAGCGCAACCUCUUGUCCGUGGCCUACAAGAACGUCAUCGGUUCGCGCAGGGCGAGCUGGCGCGUGAUCAGCUCCAUCGAGCAGAAGGGAGAGGCGGACAAGCUCAAGCUUAUCGGCGAGUACAAGGCUAAGAUCGAGAAGGAGCUGGAGACGAUCUGCGGUGACAUUCUCGCCAUUAUUGACGAUAACCUCCUCCCAAACAGCCAGACCAAUGAGCCCAAGGUGUUCUACUACAAGAUGCAGGGAGACUACCACCGAUAUCUCACGGAGUUCCAGCAGGGGGAGGCCAGGGAGGGCUCGGCGGAGAAGGCCCUACAGGCCUACCAGAGCGCGACCACCCUGACCAACCAGGACAUGGCCCCGACGCACCCUAUCCGCCUCGGGCUUGCCCUCAAUUUCUCCGUCUUUUACUUCGAGAUCCUCAACUCGCCCGAGCGUGCCUGCAGCCUCGCGAAGAAGGCGUUCGAUGACGCCAUCGCGGAGCUGGACACGCUUUCGGAGGAGUCGUACAAAGAUUCGACCCUGAUCAUGCAGCUGCUGCGGGACAACCUCACCCUCUGGACGUCGGAAGACGCCCCCGCGGAAGAGGAGGGCGCGGACAGCAAGCCCACGGAUGAGGCGGCCGCCGCUGCUGCCGACGCCGGGGAGAAGUUGUGA